AUGUUGGCAAAACUGGAGGGGAAGCUGGAGGAGGCCAAGUGUGAUUGCUAUGCUGAGCAGCACAUACAGUCACUCAAUACUGGGCCCACGACCUCCGGAGAUCCUUUCCUUGCUGUCGCCAAUGCUGCAGAGAAAGCAGAUAUCUAUCCUGAAUUGGACCGUGAGGAUUACCCAGAAAUCGUAUACUGGCACAAAUCAGACUAUCUCAGUGAUCAUCAUGGUGGUCGUGGAGUUAUCAGGACAACAUCCACAGCAGAUUCUGGUGCCCACAAUUUUAUCACUAACGAGGAUGGCAUUGUUGUUUCAGAAGCAUGCCAACGAGAAAUGUGCGAGAAGUUUCGUGUGCUGUGUUUUACCCUCCUCCUCGCUGGUAUCAAGACAGAGUCAAUCAGCCAUGCAUUUUCAUGCACACAUUCGACAAGCUCAAAGUCCUGCAAACAACCUCUAUCACUGACACAUGUGAUGUCUGCUCCUCCUCAUAUGAAGAAGACAAAAAUGCAUACCAUUGCUACAGCAACUGCAGAUGACAGCACGAGCAUUGAUAUCUGCUCCAGCACCACCCCAAGUUCAUUGGUCAUUGUUCACGAACCUGCUGCCAUGUCUAUUAUACCUGCGGCCCUCACUACUACGACCGUGGAUCCAGAUGACUCGGAGCUUACCCUUACAGCACUUCUCAAGAAGGCAAGCUUCGACAACUCUCCUGAUGUAGGUGAAAUCCUUCCAGAUCGACACAGCAAAGUCUCCUUCAUGGAGAAACUUCGGGCAUCAUUCAACAAACAAAAGGAGUCAGUAGCUCACUCUACACCAGCUAUUUCAGCAACUGCGGGCACCUCCAAGUCAUCAAGUAACAAUACAACUGACCUUGGUGGGAUCCUGAGGAAGAAACACACAGUGGCAGACUCAUACUUGAUCAUGCAUACCAAUUCACACUCGACAACAGCAUGGCGAGUUUUUUUCCAUUAUCGAGCGCAAGUUUUAUUGCUAAUUUUUGCUCUGUAUAGUAACCUUUGCACUAUCAACUGGUGCAAAGUCAAUCACAAAGGCACAGUUGGACAGUUUGCCUCGUACUGGGAUAAUCUUGACGCUGUGGCAAAAAGGUGUGGUUACAAUGAUCGCUCCAAACUCGUCAAGGCCGUGAAAGCCACUGCUAUUGCAUCACUUCCCACAGCUGCAGCACUCGUUAUGUUACAGUGGCCCCAUCAUUUUCCCAUCAUCAUGCUUCCUGAUCUAUUCUUGUUAUCUCUGACUGCUUAUCAACAUGCUCUGCAUGAACAUUCUAGAUACUUCCGUCUAUUCUUGCUAUCUCUGACUGCUUAUCAAGAUGCACCGCAUGAACAUUCCAGAUAG